UACAAAUUUAAAUUUUACAAAGGAGUCGAGAAGAAGAAGCAUAUGAGAAAGCGUCAAGUGGUGUUGAGGAGAGCCUCGCCGGAGGAACCUUCUAGAAGCUCGUCGACGGCUUCGUCUCUGACGGUGAGAGGUGUGAGAUACGGCGAGUGUCAGAAGAACCAUGCGGCGGCGGUCGGCGGAUACGCCGUCGAUGGCUGCCGUGAGUUCAUGGCAAGCAACGGAGAGGAAGGUUCGGUGGCAGCGCUAACGUGCGCCGCCUGUGGCUGCCACCGCAGUUUCCAUCGUAGAGAAAUCGAAACCGAGGUUGUUUGCGACUGUAAUUCACCUCCUUCGACUGGAAACUAGACCAGUAAAAACUAGACCUAGAUGGUGCGUGGAAAGAGAAUGACAAAUUCACGGGGCAUGGAUGGUUCUGCAGAGUAGUAGGAUCAGAAGAGAAGAUGAUGGGGGCGAUGAAUUUCCAAAGAAGCUUAUCAGUUCUACAUGCCGACUGUGAAGCUUUGAUAUGGGCUAUGGAGUGCAUAAAGACCCUUGAUUUUUUAGACAUAGUUUUUGCAACAGACUGUUCUCAAUUGGUGAAGAUGGUAUCCUCUCCAGACGAAUGGCCAGCUUUUACUACACACAUGGAGAAGUUUCGACGCAGUAAGUGUUUCUUCCCUUCCUUCAAGAUUCAACAUAUACCAAGAGCAACUAAUCUAAUAGCAGACAACCUUGCACGAGGUGCUCGGAGUUCCCCUUCAGCUGUAUUUUAUGUUGAUUCUAUUCCACCGGUUUGGUUUUCCGAGCCGGUAGGUUUCUUAUCAUAGAUUAGUUAUUGUUUUCAAAAAAAAAAAAUUAUGAUAUGUUACAUAUUAUGUUGAUUUUGGACAAUAAUGUAAUUUCCUUUCGUGUAGAAAAAAGUGAGAUGCUUUGAUGCUUUGUUCCAGGAAAUUUAAAGAGGCGAUUGUGAGCAAGAAUUGAAAAAAAAAGAAAAAAGUAUAUCAGAGAAUUGUGGUUAUGUAUUGUGUUUACAGAAGUAGGAUAAUCAACUUUAAGGUUACAUCGGAAAAGAUUCUCGGCGAUGCAAUUACUGAGAAACCAGUCAUUGAAUCUCAGCAAGUUUGGUAUGAUUGAAUGAAAUUAGGGAUUCGAACAACAGUUUCGUGGCCAGAGAAAUAAGUGGGUGAACCAUAAUUUUAAAGAAGAUGAAAAAUUAGCGAUGGAUUGUUAGAGAAGAUGAACAAUAAAUUUUGUGUCUUAUGUUCUAUUCUAGUUUAUAAUCAUAUUAUAAUAUGAUACACUUCUCUUCCUCCUCCUAUGUGAAUUGUAUCUAUUUCUCUGCCCCAUGGGUCUUCUUGUUCACUAUUCCUCUAGCUCCAGUGUCUUGUCGUCCAGCACAGUCACUACAAAUUGUGUCCUUACCUCCUACAUGUUCUUCUUCUCCUUUAACUUUUGUGGUGGUUUCUCUCCGACUUCAUAGACUCCACUACAACUGAAACAUCAAUUCUUCUGCUAAUUGUAUCUUCUCAUGCACCUCGUAAUUCUUCUUCAUCACUACUUCAAUACAGUGGCAGAGGUAGAAAAAGAAUCUACCGGGGUUAAAAUUUAUAUAUGCAAAAUUAUACAACUAAUUAAGAGGGUCAGACUAUGAGAAUUUAAACAAUUAAUCAAAAUAUAUAACAAUUAUAUGCAUAUACUAGAUCAAAUUCGAAAUUUCGCAGAGGUCAACUGACCCAUGUGAUCCUUGCCACUGCUUCAACAUCUCUCCUUCUUGCAUUGCAAAUGCACUAUUUAUUUAUUUAUUCUAUUUAGUGAACAUAUAGAAAUGUGACUUUACAAUAAAUAAAUAUGUGUUAUAUUUUGUAGGUGUAACAUUAUUAUGAAUCGAUUGAUUUAUACUUACUGAUUAAAAUUAAUCAUUUAUAAAUGGGUUGACAAAAAAAGAUCAUUUAUAAACGGAAAUAUAUUAGGAUUAUAUUAUUAAAAAUGAACGAUGAUCAAUGUGAUAUUGAGUAUUGUUAAUGUGCAUUAUACUCUACUAUUAUAUUUAUCGAAACAGUAUAGCCUCCUCCUCCUCUUAUUAUAAACAUGUAUAAAACAAUAUAGUUUAUGUUAUGUGUAAAGACUAUGAUAUGUUUCCUAUCGAAUAGAACAAUUUUGAGUCUUUUAAGUUUACUAGUUGUAUCUGGUUUUGCUUCUUGAAUCGGUGUAGACAUUCGCACAAUAGAUACAUACCAUUUCUGAAACUUGCUUUUACAAAACAAUAUGCAGUAUCAGAGGUGAUCUGUUUGGUUUUCAUUUUCUGACUAUACUAUACAUUUUAUCUUAUAGAUAGUUUUAUAUAUAGUCAGAGCCGACCUUAGAAUUUUUAAGGUUAGAAGUCCAAAAAUAAAAAGUGGCCGAAAAUAAAAUGCUGCAGGUUGGAGGAUUCAAACUCUGGUUUGGAUUUAAUGAGCUAUGGCUAUUAAUCCACUACAUUAAAACACGCCUUUAGAAAAUUGUGGCCAAUUAUAUUGAUAUUAUUUAGCGGUCGGAAGCCCAUGCUUCUUUCGCUUGGACCUAGGGUCGGCUCCGUAUAUAAUAGGCUCUAACAUUUUUCACGCACACACGCUUUUAAAGAAUAAGAGAGAAAUUUUUCUCUCCACUGCAAGAAAAGUUACAAUGAUCUAGUCGGUCCAAUCAGCUACACCAAACUUCGCUAUGUCAGCCUUUCAAUUACCAGUCAGUCUAUGCAAACAAAUGCAAUCAAUACUCACCACAUUCUGAUGGGAUUCAAAGAAUGGAGAGAAAAAAAAACUGCUGGAAGUCUUGAGACUCUCUAACUCAUCCCAAAAGUCUUGGAAGACUAGCCUUCCGUGAUGUUCAAACAUUUAAUAAGGCUCUGCUUGCAAAAAUUGCUUGGAAGAUCUUCACCAAACCAAACAGUCUCUUGACCAGAAUUUUAUUGAGCAAAUACUGAUACAAAACUUCCUUCACAAAAGUAUCUCUAGGCUCAGCGAUUUCACAAGGUUGGAGAGGCAUUCUAGUGUGCAGAGACUUGUUGUUUAAGCAUCUUGGCAAAGUAAUAGGAAAUGGAAAGAGAACCAAUCUCCGGUCGGAUUCCUGGAUACACCGUGAAACAAAUCUCAAACCUAUCGGCCAUGUCGCCUUGCAAGAUAAACACCUCAUGGUAGCUGAUAUCCUUACAAAACUAAAGAAUGGAACAAGGAUCGCAUUGUAAACCUCUUACCCGAACUAGCUGAUCACAUCUUUAACAUCAAACCAAGUAUGUUAGGAGCUGACUACUCAUACGUAUGGCCUCUGCAGAAGACUGUAAGAAGACCUUCGGACCUUUUAGGAGCACUCUCGGACUUCGAUUCUCUGGCUUCUCCUAUGACAUCAACCUUUCUCUUUUGUCGCUUCUUUUUUAUCCAUCGCUCUAGUAAUGGACUUGCAGAUUCUAUAGCUAAAGCCUGUUUUUCAUUGUAUUUGGGCCCAAGACCAUAAGCCUACCACUUGCACAAAAAAAAAUGUAAUUGUUCCUUCCACUUUGUUUUACUGUGUAACAAGGCUAUAUUUUUCAUUGUUAGACCUUUGUCAAAUAUUCUCCUAAAUGACCUAUAAACAUAUUUAUACUAUUAUUUGAGAAGUAAAAUUGAUGAUUUGUCAUGCUCUCCAAAAUUUUAAGCUCACUCAUAUUUUAUGCUUAAUUAAUCUUAAUAAAUAUUUUUUGUGAUUUAACUGUUAAUUUUAUCAUUAUCUUCAGGAUAAUUAAAAAAUAUAACGAUAAUUUCAUAGUUAAAUUUAUAUUAUAUUUACUUUAGUAAUAUUAAAAUAUUAUAUAUAUGUUUAUAUUAUAUUUUGAUUAGUAAUAUUAAAACGAAUCUAUUUUAAUAUUUAUCACAUAAGAAAGAACUAUUUAUCUUUUAAGAUAAAUUUCUUAGGAAAAUCAAAAUCACAUCAUUGUGAUUUUUUUCGUUCUCACGUUAAAACUUAAAUCGUUUAAAGUUUUUAUUACCCUUAGUAAAGAAUUAGGUUAGAUUUUUUAAUAUAUAAUUACCCGUAAAUGAAAAAAAAGUUCAUUAAUUUGAUAAUCAUCAUUAUCUAAAAAGAUUCUUUAUACAUCAUAAUAUUUUGAAUAUUUUAAAAAUAAAUAUAAAUCCAUGUGUAUAGUUUAAUGUGUAUAUGAAUGUUUUCAAAUUUAUUUUACGUAAUAAAUAUAUAUUUUAUUAAAAUAAAUAUUGUAUAUAAAAAAUAUUAUUUAAUUAAAUAUUAACUAUUUCAAAAGCAUGAAAAUAUUUUUAUCCGGUGAAAUCAAUGGUGGUCUCGAGCUUCUCCGCCUCUCCGCUUCUCUCCACCUCUCCGCUUCUCUCCACUUCUAUCCACCUCUCCGCUUCCCUCCGCCUCUCCACCUCUCCUCUUCUCUCCACCUCUCUGCUUGUCUCUGCCUCUCUCCUCCGGUUCUCUGGUUCCAGUUUCUCGUAAAGAAUAACAUGUCUUUGCAACCUUUAUCUUUGCAUGUUGCGUUCUUUGGUUCCAAUGGUGCGUUCCAAUCCUAGACAACCUUUAUGUUUGCAUGUUGCUCAAAUGAUUUGUUGCCAUGGGUUUGUGUUCCUCAGGUUCCUCUUUGCAUGUUCCUCAUUUUGUUUCUUAGAAUUAAAUGAAAAUAACAGUAUGUUUUUGUCUAACUUUUGCGUGUUUAUCACAUUAGGACACUGAAUUAGAAUGAUAGAAUUACAUUUGUUAAUUGUCUUAGUUUGGUGAAUUGAUUACUGUGAUCAUAUCUUCUAUUUGUUUUGUUUAUGGAUUCGUUCAUGGCUUUGAUGUUUUUUUCUCUGAUUCGAUUUUUGAUUAAGAAGGACAAACAUGCUGUUUUUUCAUUCCAUUUGAUUUGUCCUGACUUGAUUUUCGUUUCUACGUACCGAAAGAAGGAAAAUCAUUUAUUUAAGUGGGUUGAUGAAGUUUUGCUUGAUGAGAUUUGAAGGGUAGAGGCGGAGCAAGGGAAAAUUGUAGAAGAGAUUGAAGAUCCGAAAAGGAGUAUGAAAAUGACAAUGGAAGAAGAAAUUAGGAAGCAGAAAAAUUCCCUUGGAAUAGGUUGUUUAGGAAGCAUUCUAUUGCUUUCGGAAAAUUAAAAAGCUAAAAAUGAAUGGAAUCAGUCUACUGGUUCUUAGUAUUUUGUUCUUUCUAGUUUUUUUAUGACAAUGAAUAUGUCGAUUUUAUUAUUCUUA